CGGUGCGGGGCUCUUAUUUUGGAGGUCUGUCGGUCGGUCAGACCGGAUGUUUCCGUGGAGCUGGUGUGCUAACGGCUAACAGCUAGUUAACUGUGAUAAAGUCCCUCCGCGUCCCGCUGCCGGCCCGACAGACAGCGGACCCGAGCGGACGGCGACCCUCGGCUUCGUCUCAUGUUGCUGCUCGAGUGAAGACGCUUCUGGAAGCUGCUCGUGCACGCGCACAGUCUCCAUGGCUACGGAAGAGUUCUACGAGGUGACGCGAGCUAAUGCUAACAUGCUAACGGUGGAGAGGAUCGUGGAUAAGAGGAAGAAUAAGAAGGGGAAGGUGGAGUACCUGGUCAGGUGGAGAGGUUACGGUUCAGAGGGGGACACCUGGGAGCCUGAGAGUCACCUGUCCAGCUGUAUGAUCUACGUCCACGAGUUCAACCGGCAGUACUCUGAGCGACAGAGAGACAACACGUUACUGCGCUCCACCCGCAGCUCUCCCAGCCUCCACUGCAGCCCCGCCCACAGGCCGCCCUGCAGGCCGCUGCCCGCCGCCGCUCGCAGCGACAUCAGCAGAGGUUUAACUGGAGACUGCGAUCAGGUGAAACCUGCUCUCGGCCCGGGUCACCCGCCCCCCGCCGGACUGACCCGCCCGGCCUCCGUCAGCUCCCAGCAGCCCCCGUUGCCCGGCAGGUUCAGCAGCGGUCUGAUGUCGGCGACUCUGGCCGGCUCGGCACGCCGCAGCGUGGACCUGUCCAAGACCGGCAUCAAGAUCCUGGUUCCUAAGAGUCCGAUGAACAGCCGUCUGGACUCGGAGGAGUCUCCCAGUGAGGCGGCUCACAGUCUGGAGGCCGGAGCUCAGGAGGCCCACCUGGUCCCACCUGAGGUCGCCCUGCUGGAGAAACCUGCAGGAGUCCAGCUGGGGCCCGGAGAGGAGAGGGCCCGCAUGGGGACCAGACCCCGCAGCCAAAACCCCCUGCCCCCACCCCGAGUACCCAUCACACCUGCUGCCAUGCGCUCCCUCGGUGGCACAGGUAACUCGGCGUUGAUGGAGGCUGUCGCUGCCAACGGGAUGUCAGGUGUGCAGAGUGCUGUUGCCGGGGCGACCAGUGCGACAGGGAAACGUCGCCUGGAGGAACGUUCUGCUUUCGACAAACGUCUGAGGUUCAGUGUUCGACAAACGGAGAGCGCUUACCGUUACCGCGACAUCGUGGUGAAGAAACAAGACGGCUUCACCCACAUCCUGCUGUCGACCAAGAGCUCAGAGAACAACACGCUCAACCCAGAGGUGAUGAAGGAGAUCCAGAGCGCCAUGGCGACAGCAGCGUCAGAUGACAGUAAGCUGGUGUUACUCGGCGCUGUUGGCAGCGUCUUCUGCUGCGGUCUCGACUUCCUGUAUUUCAUCAGACGGCUGACGGACGACAGGAAGAAGGAGAGCAUCAAGAUGGCCGAAACCAUCAGGACCUUCGUCAACACCUUCAUCCAGUUCAGGAAGCCGAUCGUGGCAGCGGUGAAUGGGCCGGCGCUCGGCCUCGGCGCCGCCAUCCUUCCGCUCUGCGACGUGGUCUGGGCCAAUGAGAAGGCCUGGUUCCAGACGCCAUACACGUCCUACGGCCAGACGCCCGACGCCUGUUCGUCCUUCACCUUCCCCCGCAUCAUGGGCCUCGCCUCGGCUAACGAGCUGCUGCUGAGUGGCAGGAAGCUGACGGCUCAGGAGGCGUGUUCUAAAGGUUUGGUGUCUCAGGUUCUCUGGCCAGGAACCUUCACACAGGAAGUGAUGCUGCGAAUCAAAGAGCUGGUGACGGUCAACUCACUGGUUCUGCGGGAGUCUAAAGCCCUGAUGAGGAACACCAGCCGCAGUGCUCUGGAGCAAGCUAACGAGCGUGAGUGUGAAGCCCUGAAGAGAGUUUGGGGCUCGUCGCAGGGAACCGACUCCAUCCUGCAGUAUCUGCAGAGGAGAACCGAGCUCUGCUAGAAACUGGACUUAAACCAGGACCUGAACCAGGAAUAGGAGCAGGACUGUUCCCCUGACUCAGCAGCUCUGAGCAGCAGUGACUCAGCAGAUUCUGAGCUGGACAGGAAACACUGAACGUUUCUUCCUUUUGUUAUAAACAUUUAAGUUAUACUUUCAGCAGAACGUUGAUUUCAUAAACAGUCUGACUUUCAGACUGACAUUUCUUUAAAUCCUCUUGUUCCCCCUCUCCUCCACAGUCAGAUCGGUGAACUGUUAUCUCACCUGGGGUUCCACAGGGUUCCUCCCUGGGUCCUCUGUUGUUCAGCUUUACAUGCUUCCUUUGGGUGAUAACAUCAGGAAACAUGGGACUGAUUAUCAUAGAUUUACAAGUGACGUAGGUUUGUUUUCAUGACUGUUGAACCUGCCAGACCAAACUGAGGGCAUGUGAUGUUUUAAAAAGAACCUGAAAAGACCUUCUCAGGGUUUAAAUAGCUCAUUAAAUCAGACUGACUUACUGUGUGUUUUUAUAUAGUAACUACUCAGUGACGACGACUUCUUUUGAUAAAGAGAAUUACCUGUUUUAAGUUAGGCUAGCAGUUUCCCACUGCUUUCAGUCUCUGUGCUAAGCUAGGCUAACAGUCCUUGAACUCGUGUCUGUACUGGACACACAGAUUUAACUUCUGACUGACAGAGAACCAGAGGAUUUAAAUGGAGGUGACCUCUGACCUUCUCCCAGAAUUCCCUCUGAUGAAUUUCUACAUGAAGGAAUAAACAGGAAGUGGAGGCUGAGCAGAAACGGGACGUGGUCUUGGUGGACUUGGUUCAUGUGCUUAAAGCGAGGAGAUGAUCAGACGAUGUUUCACAGAUGAAGUCUACACCUGCAGCUUGCAGCUCCUCGGUCGGUGUAAGUUACGGUGUAAUGAACCGUGCAGCCUGCAGGAGGCGCUGAGGACUCUGAGUUCAGUCGUAUAAAAUUACAUCUGUGUGAUCGUGCAGAAGUUUGACUGAGAUGAAUGGGUAACUAGACACCUGAGAGGUGAGACGACUGACUGAGGUGCUGCAGUGUGUGGGCGUGGCCUGUCAGUCAUGUGAUCAUGUGUCCAGGUGAGCAGACUGAACUGUGAUCCAGGAUCUGAGCAGGAAAAAGUUUCUCACAUGUAAAAUUAAAGACUCCCACAUUUCAGUAAA